UUUUCCGAUUUUUAAUUUUCUCACAGGAUCUGACGUUGUUUGUGGUUUUUCUUGCGGCGAUGGUCGGUACCGUGGUACCAAAACCAUUAUGGUCAACUUUAGUCGGCAAUUACGUAUAUUCUACGCCUGAGAUCAAAGCACAACCGCAAUAUCUGGCCGCGUAUCAACAAAUGCACGCUCCGUAUUAUGUUUACAAUAUUCAUCCGAACAUGGCGGGUAUAUCUACUGUUUACGGCAAACCGGGAGUUUCUCACAUUCCCGCUUACAAUAUCUACUACGGCACACCGAUUUACGAUUUUCGACUCCCAUUGAGUCCGUUUUAUCCAAUGUUGUCGCCGGGUUUACCUUCUAGACCGGUACUUCCGCCGACAUCGACGCAAGAGCCGCCCUACAACGAGGACGAUUACGACGGCAUCGAGAAAUUGGAUGCGAAAGUCGAUCCAGACAAGGAGACAAAGAAGCCGGAAAACAUCAGCGAGCAAGAUGACGAUUCCAUAACUGUGGAAGCAUUAUAAGAUAAAUUUUUCUCGUCACGCGCGCAACACGUGCAAACGCGGAGAGAAUAAAGAUGUAAUUGUACGAGAGAC